UCCUAUUUCACUUUAUAAUGAGAUAGGUUUUAUCCUUAACAUCUUAAUCUGCAAAGUAGGGGAAUGCAACUCCAUUUACUCAAAUACUACAAGUGUGUACAAUUUUGAGGUAAAAUUAACAUGUUAUGUUUCAUACUACAAUAAUCCAAUUUUGUGUUAGGGUCACUUACCCCUCCACAUGGAUUUAAAUAAAUUAAUAAAUAAGUAAUUUGACUUUUAAGUACAAUCAAGUUGACAGUAGGAAUCUCAAUGCAGUAUUGUUAACAACAAUCCAUCAAAUUACUGGUAAAAUGACUAAAAUAAAUAAUUCAGAACCCUUCAAAACCCUUGGUAACAAACCAUUGCGUCAUUUAAUUAGAAUUAUAAUCACAGUAACACAACUGUAAGAAUACAAAUGUUAUAAAAUGUGCCUCCGUGUGAAAGGAUAAAGAUGAAUUUAGAAAAUGUGUUGAAGAUAUUUCAAAGCUAAUUUAAUCAAUCACUAUUCCAAUAUUUAAAUUGAUAAUACCCCAGUUUUUUUGUUCUGAGGGUGCAUUUAAAACCUCAGCCUCCAGGAGGCGCUGCUGGGGACUCUCCUGACUUUCUUUUUCUCCUCUCAGUACGAUGAGUAAAUGUGAUGCAGGCUUGAACAAGUGGGGGCACGUCAUCUUUUGCAGAGGAGGGAGGCCACCUUCCUCACCCGACGCACCACGUUCAUGUGAGAGGCUCAGUUUCCUCCAUCCCUCCAUCCAUCCCUCCAUCCUGGAUGGUGCACACACACAUUCCUCUUUCUCCAUCCAUGGAGGAGCAGUGAGGUCGGGAUCCACCGGGCUGCAGCCGGGGAGAGACGCAGUUCUCCACACCGACGGGGAAGCACCCAGGCCGGGAGAAGGAAGAAGAAGGAGGCGUCUGCAAAAUGGUCGGUGAUGGUGGAUCAGGAGGCGGCUGCAGUUGCCAUCAUGUGAGCGCGGACGAGGCGCGUAAAGCCGCCGGGGAUGAUGAUAAAACCAUGCACCUGGGCAGUGUUCCAUAGCCUCCCCUGCCCCGCGCCUCCCACCUGAUCACCUCUUCUCCCCCAUCUCUCCUCUUUACCUCCAUCUCCCUCACCUCCCUCCCUCUCCCCGCCAUGUCGACCACCCUGGAUCCGCUGCUGGACCAGCCCUUCCAGAAGCUGAGCCCCGAGCGGCUCGAUGGCUGCGAGGACACCGCCGGCCGCUACAAGGUGGUCCCCUGUGUUGUCUGCUCAAUGUGCUGUCUUUUCGGCAUCAUUUACUGCUUCUUUGGCUAUCGCUGCUUCAAAGCCGUGAUGUUCCUGACGGGCCUGAUGUUCGGCUCUGUCGUCAUCUUCAUGCUCUGCUACAAGGAGCGCGUGCUGGACACCCAGCUGAGCGCGGAGGCCUCGGUGGGCAUCGGCCUGGGCAUCGGCACGCUCUGCGGCCUGGUCACCAUGCUGGUCCGCAGUGUAGGCCUCUUUAUGGUGGGCCUGCUGCUGGGCUUGCUGGUAGCCGUGGCCACCCUGGUGGGCCUGGAGGAGCUGUCCGACAGCCCGCCGCGUUCCGUCUGGGUGCCCCUUGGCGUGCUGCUUGGCCUGGGCAUGCUGUUCGCCGUGCUCACCCUGCAGUGGCAGCGUCUCUUUACCACGGUGUCGACCGCGAUGUUCGGUGCAGCCGUGAUCACGGUGGCGUUGGACUACUUCGUAGAGCUCUUCGCCCUGGUGCUGUACAUGUACGAGCGGCUGAAAGCAGCACCUGGCAAACCUGUGUGCUGGCUGACGUGGGUGGUGCUCGGGGUGUGGCCUGCCCUCACCCUGCUGGGUGUCAUGGUCCAGUGGAAGGUGACCGCUGAGGGAUACUCCCAUACCAAGGUGAUCAUCAGCCGGCAGCAGAGGAGGAUGCAGGUGAUGCGGAUUCGUCAGCGCGACGACCGCUACCGCAACAAGAAGAAGAAGAAGCAGCAGCACGGCGCCGCCUCCCACCAUCAAAACCCGGCCAAGCCAGUCUCUGAGCCCGCCUACCGCCGCAAACCAAACCCCAUCCGCCGCUACGACACGGACGUCCUCUCACCGAGCUACAUCCAGAGUUUCCGAGACCGGCAGGUGCAGGCGCAGCCCUUCCCGGGACGGCUGGUUAUUGGACCCCAUGCCGUGGUGGACGUGGGCUACGACCGCAGCUCCACGACCCCCCUCAGCGGAGCAGCGGGACCCUCGCUCAGGGUCUGACCACUUCUCCCACUCACAGAGGCCUGAACACACCACGAACCAGGGAGACGUAUGACUCUAAAAUCACCACCCGCCUGGGGGUAAUCACGAACCACCUCUAGGUUUAAAUGCAAAUAUUCUGGGCUAAAUACAAUCUGGGUUUAGCCUCACUCUUAAAGGGAUGAAGAUAUGUUUAGGGCUGGAUUUCCCCCAAAAUGUGAACAAAUUUGAGUCUUUAUUGAUUAAAUGUUAGGUUCUAAAGCUCCACUCCCCUUGUGUAUACCUGCUGGAGCUGUCAGUGUGGUGCAGAGGUUUAAUCCGACCUCUUAUAGCUGUCUCUCGGUAGAUUCAAAUGCACAAAUGCAUGCAUGCACUUGCACACAAACACACACCGCGGAUACACUCUCGAGGGGGUUGAUGCUGAGACCCGCUGUAACCAGCCCCCGACCUGUCUGUCACCAUCUCAAGUCAAACCAGAUCAGGGAUCAGAGUUUGAGUGCAAACCCGCCUCAGGUUCAAACAUCGGGCAUCGUGCUAAAGAUUCAAACACAACUUUGCCCUCACUCAGCGUGCUGUUUCCUUACUGCUGCCGUCAUUUCUCAGCUGAUGCGGCAGAAGCAACCACGUUCCUCAGCCUGUAGGCAUCUUAAACGCCCAAUGAAGAUUAUCUAUAAAAAGGGAAGUAAGGGCCCUUGCUUUCUGUGCCAUCUGGACUUAAAGAAAAUCCUCUUUCAAAUGGGAAGAGACGUCUUCGCUGUCGUUUUCGAAGGAGGGAAACCCUUCAUCCCCAUUGGUGCUGGACGAUACACUACUCCAAGCGUCACACUUCUCCCCGGAGAGGGGGGAUCUGUUUAAACGGGUGCCUUGCCCCUCCUUGGACUGUACCAAGACUGUAGGAGGGGGGUUUCUGGCAGAUCUCCCAUCGAUGGUUUGUUUUUGCAUUAAAUGUGA